AGGAGAGAGACACAGUCAGCAGCCAAAGGACUCGGUGGAAAGAGCAGAGCACCAUAGACAAUAUGCUGCUCUUGGGACCCAAGGUGCUGCUGUUUCUCACUGCCCUCAUCAUUCCCUCGGGCUGGACACCUCUAAGGGUCAGUGGUCAAGAAGGUAGAGACCUGGAUCCUUUUAUCAAAAAGACAUUCACAGAAGAUCCUAAUCUAGUAAAUGAACCCUCUACAGAUGAAACAGUUCUGGCUGAUAUCGAGCCUUCCACAGAUGACCUGGCCUCACCCAAUGAUAAAAAUGCCAGCACAGAGUGCCGGGAUGAGAAAUUUGCUUGCACAAGACUCUACUCUGUGCAUCGGCCAGUCAAGCAAUGCGUUCAUCAGUUAUGCUUUACCAGUUUACGACGCAUGUACAUCAUCAACAAUGAGAUCUGCUCCCGUCUUGUCUGUAAAGAACAUGAAGCUAUGAAAGACGAGCUCUGCCGGCAGAUGGUUGGCCUGCCCCCCCGACGGCUCCGGCGCUCCAACUACUUCCGACUUCCUCCCUGUGAAAACGUGAACUUGCAGAGACCAAGUGGCCUGUGA